UGCUUCUUUACCAAAAGUUGUGUAAUUGUUCAGUGCAAAAAAUCUCGUAAAUCCUCCAACGAACGUGCUUUUACAGCGUUUAAGUGAAAGGUAUGCAUACAGAUCUAUCGCCGCAUUUACAUUCAACUGAAUGCAAUUUGAUAAUCGAAGAAUUGAAAAAGUGCCAUUCCGAGAAUAAAUUUGGCAAGUUUCUUGGCAUCUGCAAUGAUCUGGAUCGCCAAAUGAUAGUGUGCUUGCGGAAUGAAAGAAAAACUCGCCAGAAACUAAACCGAGAAAAAGCACUUGAAAAACAGAAACGUGUGCAGCAGCUGAUGAAAGAACAGCAAGGAUGA